UUUACAGUUGCCUCUGUCAGUCUUUUCUGUAGCUGCCAAUCCCAGAAAGAAAAAUAUUAUUUGCUGUUUUCUGAUAACUAGGAAGGAGAUACAUCUUUUUCUAGACGUGUUGAAUUUUUUUUUACUUCCUUCAAGGGAUGUCUCUUCCUGUCUUUUCCCGGGAUCAUUAACUCCUGCGUUCAUUGACCCUCCUCUAGCCUCCAUUUCCGGGGGAAAACGUUCAAAAUGGAGGAAAAUAAUGUUUGACUCCAGAGCCAUGGUGAUGUGUUGCCAGGAUGCCGGGCAGCCUGAAGAAUAAUCAGUUGAUCAAUUGUGAGGUGCAUAUUGUGAGCCCUAGUUUCCUGGUCUGGAAGAAGAUAAUAUCAACGUACAACUCAUAUAACUGAUUGUUGUGACCACUAGAUUCAGGUGGCCCACCACCACCUGGGCCCACCACAGAAAGACGGGAGAACAUUUCUGAAGACGGUGGAACCGACAUGAGAAAGAAAAAGAAAAAAGGCACACUGCAGGAACCAUAAUUUCAUGCAUGAGCCAAGCACUACUUGCAACAGCCAAGAAGUGGAAGGGACUUAAGUGUCUAUCAACUGAUGAAUGGCCAAAGAGCAUGUGGUCCUUUGCUUUCCCAUGUAAGCUUGGAGGAGUGAUGGAAUCCAAACAGGAACUAGUGAUAAAAAGUCUCAACGUGGAAAACGAAGAAAAAGAUGAAAAGGAGCUACAUGCUAAUAAAGAGGAGCCCUUGGCCCUGCCUUUGGAAGCUGGUGAAUACUGUGUGCCUAGAGGAAAUCGUGGGAAAUUCCGAGUUAGACAGCCCAUCCUGCACUAUAGAUGGAACCUGAUGCAUAGGCUUGGAGAGCCACAGGCAAGGAUGAGAGAAGAGAAUGUGGAAAGGCUUGGGGAGGACGUGAGACAACUCAUGGAGAAACUGAGGGGAAGGCAGCUGAGCCACAGCUUGCGGGCAGUUAGCAAUGAUCCCCCUCACCGUGACCAUCGCAGUGACUUUUGCCUUAUGCCCUGAAUUUUGAUGCUUUCCCUGAAGUUCAUAAAGAAACACUUGCUUCCUAAACUUACAUGUUUGUGAUGUACUGUUGUAAGCCUUUUGAUGUCACUGGUUUGCAUGAGUCUCCGAUUACGAGCUUCUAAUAGAAUGUUGUAUUUUUGACCCAGAUUGUAUCUCUUUUGUUAGCAGAACAUAGCUGUUGCAUGGAAAGAUACUCAUUAUAUAUUGUGAAGUUAAUAAAGCAGCUUUAAA